AUGGAGUUUAGGAGGGUAGGUCGCAAGGUCGUGUACAUUGCCGGAGUAUUGGCGACUGCUGCAGUGGGGGUGAUCGGAUAUGCUUAUGUGAAUCCAGAAGCCAGGCAUCAGGUUGAGACAGCCGUCCCUAAGGCCAAGCAAAUACUGGAUGCUAUACUUGGCUCAUCAAGACUAAAGUCGAAGCAGCAGUUUUCCGUUUCGCAAGACCGAACAUUUACUGCUGCAUCUGGGGAGAAAACUGAAGAGACUCUUUCAUCUUUGACGAGAAAUUUGCCUGAACCAGAGCGGACGCCUCCUGUACACGUGGAUCCCGUUGAUGUGAACGUGCCGUUGAGAACUGAGGGCACCAAGUUAGAUCCGGAGAAUGCGGCUAAGCGAAUUGAAGAGCUGGAGACGUCUUUGCUUUCGGCAAUUUCUUCUGCUGAAACAAGGGUUCGCGAUGCCACCGAUGCUAAAAUCAAAACGAUAAUAGCAUUGAACGAUCACGCGGCGCUUUUCAAGGCAACGGUGAACGAACCUCAGAAUGCCGACUGGAAAAAAAUUAUCACUGAUGGCAAAAAAGAUCCUGCAACAGCAAAUAAUCCUCUGCUCCUGAAUGCAACUGAAACCGCAAACAAGUUAUCUCAUCAACUAGAUGAACUUGAUGGGCUAGUCAUGAAGGUAACAUUAGAUUGUAUAGAAAGGGUCCGCGGUUUAUCGUACAUAUUUCAACAAAUUUUUUCAAUGAAAACCAAUUUCAGUGAAGAAAGUUUUGACCGUUAUUAUCUUUGGCCAUUCGCCAUUUAUCUGGUAAUUUCAUAA